GCGGUUUUCACGGUAUAACCUUCCUUUAAGUUCAUAGAUGUAUUGAGAGCUGCAAUUGGAGAAGACAUCAAUGGCAACAGAGAUGUGCACCUUGGCCGAAGACCACCACUUUUUGCGAAUCUGGUUUGCGCUUGGUUCUUGCGAGAGCGGACGACCUCAGUGGAGUGGCAGAUGCAUGUCUUGUGAAACGUCACGAAGGAGCAAUAUCUGUAUUAUCAAGGAAGGAACAGAAAACGUAUUUCGGAUCCGAAAAACUUGACGUACGGACAGCAAGAAUGUUCCGUUCGGGAGUGCUUCGGGACAGGUCGGUGUCGCCGACCAGUGGCGGUGCGGCGCGACAAAAAAAGGCAUCCCCAACCUCCAGGACUGCACCGGCGUCAAGGGCGCAAAGCGCACACAGACGCAACAACGUCGCGUCAUCCGGAACAAGAUUGCAGAGUCGUGCCCAGGGUGCUGCGAUUGCGAAGCCCGGAGGAUCGAGUUUUAAUACGGCAUCUUCGGCCAAGCGCAGAAGCCCGGCCGCGAUGCCAGGGGCUGGGUUGACAGAACGCGUGAAGCACUUGUUGAAUCGUCCGGAAUGGAACGAUGAUUACGCGCGCGCCCCCGUCCAGCUGUUUGACCCGAAGGACCGGCGGCUCCAGCGCGCGGGCAAAAAGAUGGGUGUGGAAACCGCACUGGAGAAGGCGGUGGACGAAAAGUUGCGGCUCUUGCGAAAGUACGAUGCCAUCGACAGUCCACCCGGGAAAAAGGCUGCGCUGCCGGACGAUCUUCUCCUGUCGCACCGAGCUCUGUCCAAACAGAGCACCUCCUCGUCUUCCACGACGGUAAGUGCGUCUCAGUUUCGCCCACCCGCACGCGCGAAGGCCAAGAAGCCUGCAACUUCGCUACAAAGUCUGCGACAGCUGCAGGCGGCCACCGCGGGACAGCGAAUUUCGCGGUCUGCGCUGAGCACCGCAAAGGGCAUUCUGAAAGGCGUGUCCAUGAAGGGACGACAUGCCGCUGCGCGCUCGGAUUCCGCCGAAAAUAUCGCCGGCAGUCGGGGUGUGUCGAAGAAGAGUGUCUCCUCCUCAGGCGGCGAGGACGUACUGAGGAGUCUACGCAAGAACCCCGAUCGCGAAAUGCUGGUUGCCUCAGGGAAAAAGCUGCUGGCUGACGCGCUUGCCGCUCCGAGAGAAGGCUCAGUAUCUGACGCAGACCGCGAGUACUUGUGCGGUUCGCCAGUACCGCCGAAAUUUCGUUCUGUGCUAUCGGAGCAGCCGCCCGCAACGAGCUUGUCGAUCCAGGAAUGCCACGAGAGAGAGCGCGCCAACCGACAAAACCGUCAGGUUGCGCAGCGCGGCAAGGUCCCUGCGCAGCUACGGAAACCAAAAGCGGGGUCCCCCACGACGGGCCCGCCCGUGUCUUACGCGUUGGGCAUUCCGGAAGGGAUCGCGCAGGCACUCGGCGAGCGUCCGGAGGUGGUUGACCUAGACAAGGUGGAGCGUCGGGUCGAGGUAGCGCAGGCAGAGCUGCGACUCCGUCGGGAACGAGAACAGGCUGAACAAGCGAAGAUGUUGCCCCUCCAGUUGCAGCCGUAUCGGGCGGGUACAUCGGGUCAUCCGGUCGCCGAGAACAGCCGCACCGGAAACCGCAUGCAAACCCCCAGUGCAAGUUCGCCUCUGCUGCUGCACGUGUCGCCGCCGAUGGAGCAGAACUCUGUGAAGACCCUGGCGGAGAUUCGUGCGCUGGACUCUGUGCGCUCCCAGAAUCUUGAACUGGACCGCUUGCAGGAGCGCAAUCGCAACUUACAGAAGCUGUUCGGCCGAGGUAGUCCCCCCGAUGCUGCAUUCGCAAGUGAGAAUCCCUCGCCUUCUCCCGCCAAGGCCAACCUGGCGGAAGUGCAGGCCGAGCGCCUGACGCUGGCGCGGGCGGCCAGUCCCGGGUCCUACUCGGACCGCGAUAUUGCGAAGCUGACGCACCCGCCUCUGCGGGCCGCGGGACCGCCUGCCGGACUCCUCAGUUCGAAGAUCGCCUCAGUUUUUCGCGGAAAUCGUCUCGGGCCGGCGUCGCCCAACCCCGUGCUGGAACAACACAGCCGCCAGCAGGGUGCCGCGGUGAAGGGAACUACCUUUCGGGACCGGAAGGGCAAAAGCAGCAGCUGUUCGCGCAUUCCUUCGCCAAACGCGGUGGCGACGACCCGUCAUCGAGGUUCGCCAACCACAGAAGCUGCACCACUGGCAGGCCGCGCCGAACCACCCGACGAGAUGGAGCACUUCAUGGCGUCGGUGCGCGCCAAGAAGCUGGCGAUAGAGAUAUCCCGAUGAAAGAAACUUGUUUCUCGACCGGGCACGUACAGGUGUUCGCACGGUCCACAGAAAUUGAAGCAAGGCAUGCAAUGUGUCCCUGACUUAUGUUUCUUGUUUUGGUUCGUUUCGGGACAUGCUUCAACUUUCACUACCAUGAAGACCGGGCUGUUGAUGCGUGCGGAACAAAUCAGCGCCGUAAUUCUACCUCCUACUUGAAGAGUUUGCAUGAGAGCGAGUCGGAUAUUGCUUUUGCACUGCCUUUUGGAGCAGAUCCACUCUUGCUUUCACGCGCCUUUUAUGACCACGCGGACAUGAUCAACCCGAAGAUGAUCCUCUUAGCCUGGUCUCGAAGUUCGGGAAACAGCGAUUUCCAUCUGCACAGACAGACCGCGAGAAGAGUAUUCGUGACCGCAUUCAGCAGGAGAACAAGCUGGAAAGCCUCGAGAGGCAGUUGCAACGCAAGUAUCAUUUGAGCGGAGGAAGUAUGGAUCCGCUGGCGCAAAAGUUCCGUGCGAGCCAGCAUCUGCUGCGCGAGUCCGUGAAGAGUUUCAGCGAGGUGAAAAAGCAGGCGACGCAGGAACUGCGGGCGCAGAAGCUGUAUGAACUGCAAAAAUGUCUGGGUCUGGAAGAUUGCCAGAUUUGGUUGGUUGGUUGGUUGGUUGGGUAGCGCCUGUCGCCGGUGCAGGUCCCGCCCUCCAUCGAUUGCGAUCCGGAGUAGCCGGAACACAGUCAUGCUUGUCUGACAUGACUCGGAGCUCUGUCAUGCGUAGGUGUAAAAAGAUCGCUUUGUCUGUCAUGCAAAAGCGCAGUCUGCCAUGCGGAAUACGCUACACAUAGCAGCGCAAAAACUUGUCAUGCUUGGCCACGUCGUAUGACAGUGCGCCCAGUACUCCCUGGCUUGCAUCACAAGUUUCCUGACCCAGACAUAUGUGCAUUUGAUAAGCUGCAAGACCGGUUCCAGACCCUGCCCGAGGGGUACGUACUCCGGAACUUGCGGGAUCCCGACCAGCCGGCAGUCGACAGCGGGAGCAAUGUAUGCAAAGAAAAAACUGUUUCACUGUAAACCUGUAAUGCAAAAAAUGCAUCACUGAAGUGUUUGUCUUGCUGCACAUGCAAGACAAGUGAUUUUUAGCGAUCUUUUCCCUUAGGAUUUUCGCAUGGCACGUUUUCUUUGUAAUGUGUAGCGAACUUGUGAUGUUGCAAAAUCCUUGCAGGGUAACAGUCUUUUGCUUUUCUUACGAUACAAUGCGUACGACGACGAAAAAUUCGAAGACGACGCGGACGACGACGACCGGUUUCUUCUAGCCUCGCAGGAGCCGACAACAUCCAAGCGGGACGGGGUCGUGGCACGCGACUCGGAGGCCGGUGCCGGUUCGAAAAUGGGUAGUACGAAGAUCAAUGCGAAGCUGCCCUUCGCGCAGGACGGUACUGCUAUUCUCGCGGAGGAGGACAAAUGUUUGGACACCUACGUCGCUUUGCGCGAGCUUCCGCGGGUGUCCGACACAACCUUUCGGGAAUUGGAAAACUACCGCUACAACUUCAAGCGGCACCUGCAGAUCGCGCGCGAGGCGCCGCUGCGCGACCAAACGGGGACUUCGUGGCAGGUCUGGUCUCAGCUCGCCGACGACAUCGUGAAAGACAUCGUAAAUCAGGUUGCGGAUGACCUGGACGCCGGAAUCGACAAGGAAAUUGGACUCCUGAUCCGACAGGAGACGGGCUGCUAGGAGGGGUGGGGGCUGAUCAACGCGAUGUGAGUGCGAGGAGUUGUUGUUGAACUGCCGCCCUCAUUGAAAUUUGCGGUCCUUGCAUCUCUCCAUCGAUCGGGAUACAUAUCCUCACUGCUGAUGAUGUUUUCACCGUCAUACAGGAAGUAGGGCAAUAUCGAUGGCACAACGAGGAGGGGGAGUGCCUUACUUAACAUAAGAAAAUACCGAAUAGCGUAUGAAGGUAAAAGUAGCCAACUUGGUCAGAAAAAGAGCGUUCCAACGAAUUUUUUUGAUGUGGGUUCAACUCGAACAAGAAACAAAUCUAUCUUGACCUCAUGCGCCACUCAAUCAUGGGCUUUUGUAAACAUCUUACGUACAAUCAUGAGGCUAAGAACUGUCGGGCACGUAGUGCUUGUAGUUGCUGCUCUACAUCUUCAAUUGAAGACGAUGUCAUGAAAUAGAGCUUUAACCUGGUUGUAGAGCGCGUGUAAAAUCUCUGCGGGAAGUUCACAAAUUCAAACGAAUCCCGCAAAGCAUUCCCAAAUUUCACGAGCUGCAGGGUUAUCUGUUACAGUAAGAAUUCACAUAAAGGAAACGUUUCAACGCCGGGAAUCAUGGAGCAGACACGUGUGCAGCUCCGUUGUUGUCAAGUGAGCAAAGGCUACAACAACAUCACAAAUGUUGAAAACCGAAACGCGACAUCGCGAUCGUGUAUAGCAAAGAAUUUGGCUUGCUACUCUCAGUGGCGAGGCCACCUUCAU